ACACUCUCACUAAUAAAUAAGAAAUAUUUGCGACUAUUCUAUCAAAAUAUUAUCAAAUGAACGAGAUAUUCAAGCCAUUGUGCUCUUUAUCUUAGACUCAGUAGACUAAAAAUUCAUUAUACUUCAGGUACAUUUCUUAUGUUUGUCCAUUUCUAUUUACGACACUCGUUGCUGACACAUACAGUUUCAGAAAUGACUUCACAUUAUUUUCUGAAUAGUGUACUACUUUCAUUAAACAAGUAUCAUAUAGAAUGCUAUAUAUCAAGUUUAAGUCAAGACGAUUGAAUUCAUGUUAAGAUGCAGAAGGUCAAUAUUACUUCCAAGGUUAGCUUAUCAGAUUAUAAUAACACAGAAAGUGUUCAGUGUAGAAAAUAUUAGAAUAAGGAAUGAGUAGCUACUGACCGUAGAUAUAUAACCACUAGACACAACUUGAAUACCAGAGUGAUACUUCAGUGUGCCUAUUAUCAGACAAGAUUGGUUUUUGACUCUCUUAGAUUCAAUAUCUUUUUAUAUUACAAUAUUGCUUUUCAAAUUAGUUGAGUAAUGAGAAACCAUUCAGUUUAAUUUUCUCCUAGAGUUCUACUUCUUAUGCAAUGACUAGCCAUUUCAAUGCGCAGUUAAAUAUUUAUUCCGAUAGAUUUUCUGCAGUAGAAACUAGUUAAUAACAUAGAAAUGGCAUUUUAAGGGCAUAGAUAGAAAAAGAGAUUACUAGCACUGAAAAGAAAAAAACGAUCUCUAUCUUUUUAAUUUACUUUACUGGUAUUUUUUGUAGAGUACUUCGAAAGAUGGGCUAUAGAUGAUUCAAAAUUUUUUCAAACGUUUAUUACUAGCCUAACAUUGUUCUAGUUUGUCCAUCCCCACUUUAGUUCGUUAGCGUAUAAAUACAGUAGUAUUAAGAACUUUCUAGACUGUUAUCAAUUAUACGAAUGACUAGCAAUUAUUAGUCAUCAAUGUUUCUUAAGGUUUACUCAUUUCGAUCAAAAAAGUUUAUAUCAACAACUAUAUUAGAAUGUCGUAUUCCAUAGACUACAUGCAAUAAUUCAACGAAAAUCAAAGCACUAGUCUGUUAAAUUGGUUAUUUUUAAGAUCAAGGUUCAACUGUCUUGUAUUUUAGGUUAGUAAAGAGUCAAGAAAUUAUGAGUUGUCAUAUUCCACUAUAAAUAAAAACCAAAUAGACUAACUCAUAAUUUCUUGACUCUUUACUAACCUAAAAUACAAGACAGUUGAACCUUGAUCUUAAAAAUAACCAAUUUAACAGACUAGUGCUUUGAUUUUCGUUGAAUUAUUGCAUGCAGUCUAUGGAAGACGAUAUUCUAAUAUAGUUGUUGAUAUAAACUUUUUUGAUCGAAGUGAGUGAAACUUAAGAAACAUUAAUGACUAAUAAUUGCUAAUCAUUCGUAUAAUUGAUAACAAUCUAGAAAAUUCUCAAUACUAUUGUAUUUAUACGCAAAUGCAUUUAACGAUGAAUCACGCAUUAGAAAUUUUUCACGAGUGAACACACGUUAAAUUUAGCAAAUUUAACACGUUUUCCAGGCCGAAAUAGUAACAUAUUUAAUCGUUAAGUCGUUAAAUUUUUAACGAAUUUUCACGUGAAAAGAUUUCGUUAAAUUGUAAAAAAUUUUUACAUGGGCUGCAAUAUAAGAGUCCGACAAGAUCGAUUGCAAUUAUAGGUAAUUGUUCAAUUAUUGAAAACUUUCGUAAAAACCGUGAUACUCUUACUAUUCAAUCACAAUUAUGGAAAGAUUUCCUUAACGAAAAGCAAAAUAUACAGUUAACCAAUUUUUGUGACAUUUGUGAGGUAUCUGGAAACAAUCCCGAAAAAGUAGGAGAGUCUAUUAUCACCAGCACAAAAAAGUACUUCGACAUGUGCUUCACAUUGUACGUUGAUGAAGAAGCAGAAACAGCAAUUCGACAACUAGUCAUCGAAUGGUUCAAAUCGGGCAAGAUGAACAAAGUUGUUUUUGACAAAUGGAAAACUUUUAAAUACGGAGAACUUUCUCCAAGGACACUUAAAAAUAUUGACUGGCCAAAGCUAACUGAAGAUGACCAUUACGCGAAGGAGCUUAAGAAAAUUCUACAACGCAUAAACACAGACAAGUUUCUUCAUCAGCGAGAACUGCACGACAUAUUAAACAUUUUUGUAUUUGAAGACCCAAAUUUCAAAACAUCUAAAGACUCUUCUGAAACAAAAGUUCUUUCCAUAAGCGGUCAAGUUGUGUUUCUUGUUGACAUCAAACAGAAAAUCGAAAUACUAUUACAACAAGAUCAGAAAAUUGAUGAAGUUCGAUUCUACGCUAAAAAUGUUUUCAACAUUGACGAGAGCUUGCAAAAUCAACAGUGGCAUGGCAAGAAUGUGGUUAUCGUGGCCGAUAAAGUUCAUGUUUGGGAAUCGUGCAGCAUCGACGUUUCUGGUAGGGGCUACUAUGGCCACAAUAAUGUAAAGAAGAGAGCUCGUGAUGGGCAAACUUAUGGUGAAAAUGGCGAAGAUGGAAAAGAUGGUCGUGCUGGCGAAUCAAGUGGAAAUAUUGUUUUACUAACAGAAGAACUGCUAGAAGGAAAUCGACUUACGUUAAAAUUGAACGGAGGAAACGGAGAACAUGGAGAAGAUGGCGGAAAUGGUGCAGAGGGAAAAAAUGGUUGUGGAGUAACUCGAGAUGGUUUGAAUUCGCUUAUUUUAAAAUACAGUACAUUGUAUUGGGGAGGAAGCAGUCAUUUCUUCAAUUUCACACCAAGCAAUACUAGAGAACGUUUUCGCAAAGUAGAUACCUACAAUAAAUAUGUCUCCGCUAGAUUUGAAGAUGACAACGGGCGCAUGAUGUAUUGGUCGUACGCGGAGGAUUAUUCGUAUUGGUCCAUUAGCACCUAUGAUUUGUAUUUUCUCAUAAAAGGUAGUAAAGGAACUGCUGGUGGUGUUGGUGGCAGAAACGGAGUUGGUGGAGAAGGAGGCAAUCGUGGCGAAUGCACAGUUCGUACGUUGUACUCUGGCAAACAACUAUCUGUCGUAAAGAUUCAACAAAACCCUGGCUGCAGUGGUGAACAUGGCAUUCUUGGCAAACCUGGACAUUUUGGCAAGAAUGGUAAUGACAUGGCCUUUGUUGAUCGAUCAACUAUUUCUUCCGGUAAAAAAUAUAUUGGCAGUGGUGGAAAUAUGUCUAUUAGCUUCGAAUUUCGAAUGAACCAAAAUGAUUCUCGAAUUGAUGGCUACGAAAAGUGGAUCAGUGAGCGAUCAUCACACUAUGUGCAUUUCGCAUUACAUAAUAUUCCAGAGGGUGCAGUAAUGAAAAUGGAAACAGAGCAGAGAAGUAAUGCAAAUCGACAAACACAAUCGAAGACAAUAACCAAAGCUUCUAUCAUCGUCAGUAAUGUUGUUAAUGAAUUCGCCGAGUGUUUUGCACAGCAAAAUGAUGCAGUGUUCACUGAAGCUUGUCGAGCUCAAGAACGUGCAGAUGCAGAAGAAAAUGAUGAGGAUGAAGAAGAAGAUCAGCAAACUGUUACUGAAGAGGUAUCUGUAUUGCUUGAAUGUGAGGAUGAAGACAACAAAGUGUCUAGCCUACAUGGAACGAACAAGAAGAAACGAUCAAACUGGAUAACAUUUGUCCAACACUUAAACGAAUACAACAAAGACAAUAGCGAAAAUGUCAUCGAACUUGCUUUUCAACUAUUUGAGCAUGAGGCAAAUGAAGAAGAGCUUAAUAAAGUCGGGGUCAAAAUCGAUCAAGUCGUUCAUGGUUUCAAGAUUAGUGCUAAGCAAGAAAAAUGUGAAAAUUCAAAAUACAAUUCCUCACAAAUUCAAACGCUAGCUAAAAGUAUCGAUAAAAAGCUGGAAGAAAAGAGAUCUCAAGUGGCAUUGCGUUCACAGCAAUCAGCAUUAUUUUCAGAAUACCUCAAGUCUAUUGGCAAAGCUGAUCGUAAUAUAGAUGCUUCAAUGACAACAUUAAUCGGUGUUAAGCCUGGACAAAAGUACACUGACCGUGUUCUCAAUUUUUUCAAGCAAUAUCAAACAUUAGGUGUCUCGGCUGAAUUAUUAGAAGCUAUGCAUGUAGCUUAUGUGUACUUGAAACAGACGCACGAUGCCCACUUAAAGCCUUUUGAUGCUGAAAUGCAUUUUAGUUGGAGUGAUGAAAAUGCGGUAAAACUUCAUUUGGAUAAAAUUGAAGCUGAUGCUACGAGUUCAGUGGCCAAACACGACAAAAAAAUGGUAACUGAAACUUCACCUUUAGAUAAGCUUCAAAAAAUUCUUGAAACUGAUAUACAAAAUAUUGAAGCAGAAUUUGAAAGUUUUAAUGAAAUCAUCAAAAAAGACAAAACAAAAUCGUUAUUGAAGCGAUUUGGUCUGAUGCCAACGUCAAAAAUUGUGAAAGAAGAGAAGCAAGAAAUCGAAGAAAUAGAGCAAAUGAAUCAACAACAAGCUGCUGAAAAAUCUGACUUACAAUCACAUCAGUCAAAGAAAAAGUCUGAAGGAUUUUUUUCAAAUUGGAAAGACUAUAUGCCAAGUUAUUUCAAUAAAAAACAUGGAGUGGCUUGUUUUGUCGUGAAAUUCUACUUUCAAACCCGUAGUAUUCUCAGUUUCAACCGACAUUUGUAUGUUUGCAAUGUUCUUUCAAAUACUGAGAUUUUGCAUCCUGGGAAAGGUGAAGUUUUGCCUAGCACUUUAUUAGAUGUCAUCAAUCUUGACUUUACUGCUUUCAUGGAAGAACGAAAGUGCAAGCCGUUGGACAUCGAAAGUGGUCAAUGUGAAGACUUUGUGCGCAAACAUGGUAUUAAUGCUGCGGCCUACCGCUUUUUGUUUGCUCAUGAAAGCAAUGUUAACGUUCGAAUUUAUAAACUGAAACGCUACGCAACAGCUGAAUUAGAAGAAAACUUCAAUCCAUCAGCUUCCGAAAAAUUGAUGUUGCUGAGUGACAACGAAAAUAUGUACUCUAUUGAACCGGAUAUCGAUUAUCGUUCAAUGGUUGUUGCAAGAAAAGAAUGGGCUGAUAUUAGCAAAGUACCACUGCCAGAGACAUUGAAUUUAUCGGAGCUUUUAUCUAUCGCAAACUUCUUUCCAAAAGAGUACAUACCGAUUGUCUCUUCAUGGCUACGUAUGUUUUGUGCGGUUAAUCAACCACGUGCAGCACUACUAUUGUCUCUACUCCGAAAACGUUUCUAUCUAGAUGGUUGUCAACUUUCCGUGGUUGAGCUUCAAGCAAUCUUAAAUGCUUACUCACAUGCAGCCGUUGUCUGUCAUACAAAAGAUGAUUUCUUACUUAAACUGGCUGCUAUCAUGCCACAACAUCAUAUUCUUGAUGCUUUAUUGUACGUGCGUAUUGAGAACGCACUAAAACGUCGAGUUAUGGCAAGUCAAGGAUGGGAAAUUGCAAACGCUAUUCAUCUCGUUGACAGUCCGCACUUGAAAGCGUUGUUUUCAACGAAAUUGAAUGAAGCGAAAUUCGAUGAAAGCGUUUUAUUAAAGCUAUUAAUCAUGCUUCGAUAUGCAGUUGACAGAUUUCAAAGAUUGGAAAAAAUGACACUUACAGAAUGGAUUGAUACAAGUCAGCGGCAAAAAUGGAGUGCCAUUGGUGAUCUAUUAAAAGAAUACGGUGCUGUUGGAUACUAUCUAGCAUUUCUUGAUAAUCGCAAUCGACCGGAAGAACCGAUGCUAAGAAAAUGCCUCCAGGAAAUUUCAAGCACCCGAGUUCUCAUACCCGAAAAAGUCAUUGCACGAGUUGCUUAUUUAAUUGCAUACGGUGAAGUCAAUGCGAAUGAAACUUAUCUCAGUCAGCUUAAACAAUUGUUCGAGGUCAUAUCGAAAAAUUAUUCUUCCUAUUUACCACCAGAGCAACAAAAUGAAACAGGCAUGCAACUGAGUGGCUAUCCGCUUCUCAUGAACGAACGAAAUCAGAAUGACUUACUCUCUCAAGUCAAACAGCAUCACAAUGAAACAUACGAACCAAUCUUUCCAUCAGAUGAGCGCACCAUUGACAAACUCAAAACUCUCAUCGUUGGGCAGCAUGACGACGAAAAACGAAAAGUUCAAAGACAAAUACAAAUUAACAACCAUGCAGCUCAGCUAGCUUCCAAACAAUGCAAAAAUGUUCAAAUAAUUAACGAAAUAGAUGUUGUCAUUGAAAAAGUAUUUUCAAGACCCAAAGGUCCUAAGAUUCAUCUACGCCACACACAAAAAAUGGCAGUAUUAAUUGCUGCAGAAAGCGAGAAAAACACGCUUUUACAAGUUAAUACAGGUGAAGGUAAAACACUUCUUAUCGCGACAUUAGCUAUUCUUCGAGCAAAGCAAAAUAAAACAGUCGAUAUAAUCACGAGUUCACCAGUUCUAGCUGGUCGAGAUGUCGAAAAAAUGAAACCAUUAUUCAAUCAUUUUCGCAUUACAGCGUCGCACAAUUGCGAAGAACAACUUGAUCCUCGCAAGUUAGCUUACAAAAGUCAAAUUGUCUACGGUGACAUGCAACAUUUUCAACGCGAUUUCUUGCUACACAAUUUCUAUAAGAAAAAUAUCUUAGGUGAUCGAAAAAGAGAAUGUGUAAUUGUUGAUGAAGUCGACAAUAUGCUACUGGACAAUGGCAACAACAUGCUCUAUUUGUCACAUAAUGUGGCUGGAAUGGAAACACUUGUGUCCCUGUUUGUAUUUUUGCAUCGUACAAUUAACGUUCCAUUACAUGGUAAAGAGCAAUACAAUCAGUUUGAAAAUGCUACUAUCCGAAAACAAGUACUUGCUGAUAUGUUCGGAUAUAUUGACAAGCAAAGUCUCGAAAAAAUGCAUCCAGACACAAAGAUAGGCGUCAGUCGAGUUUGGCAGAAGUUAAUCGAAAUCAAUACUAUCGAUCGAGACGGACUAUUAUGUAUUCAGUCAGAAGAGGAACUACCAAAGGACUUUUUACAAACAUUAGAGACUGUCGUCUCUGAAAUAUUUGCCAUUAAAGUCAAAGACUACAUCUGCACCAUUCUUCAUCGGGAAAGACAUAUCCAAGUUCCACGUUAUUUACAUUCUUUUGUACUACGCCAUCUAGGUGUCUUUAUUGAGCAUACAAAGCGUGCCAUGUUCAUGCGUCACAAUGAUGAAUACGUCGUUGAUGUUGAUCAUAAAAAUGCAAGCUCUGAUUUGAGUCCACGCAUCACAAUUAUCGACAAAAAUACAGGAGUAGACUUAACAACAUCACAAUGGAGUGAAGGCUUACAUCAAGCAAUACAAUUAAAGCAUGGAUGUCGUUUGUCACCGAUCAGUUUGAAAGCCAUUUUUGUGUCCAAUGUUGGUUUUUUCAAAGGUUAUGAACGUAUUAAUGGGCUCAGUGGAACUCUUGGCAGCGUUGAAGAAAGUAAAAGUUUGGUUGCUCUGUAUGAGGCUGACUUAGUACGGAUUCCAACGUGGAAACCAAAGAACUUCUAUGAACAUGUGCCACUUGUCGCUGCAAACGAAUCACUUUGGUUGCAAAAUAUCUAUGAAGAAGUUAAGGAUCAAGUUAUCGCACGACGAUCAGUACUGAUUAUAUGUAAUUCAAUCAGUCAAGUCGAUGUUGUACAACGUGGCUUAGAGCGAUUACACCGAAUGGAAAAACAGGCGCUUCCUGGCAAAAGUAAAUUCGCACAACUGGUUCGAAAACACUUCAUGAAGGGUGUUUCUUGGAAACGGGUGUUUGUUAACAAAAUUAUGUCAGCUUGUUUCGAUAACUUAAUUGUUUAUCGACGAGAUCAUGAUGAAUUCGAUUUAUCCGGUGUCAAAGCACUACGAAAUGGUCGCAUUAUCAUUGCAACAAAUCUUGCAGGUCGUGGCACAGAUAUUGAACUCAGUGAAGGCUUGCAACAAGUAGGUGGACUUCACGUCAUCGUCGCUUUCCUACCAGAGAAUUGUCGAAUCGAAGAGCAAGCGUUCGGUCGGGCAGCUCGUUGUGGUCAUCCUGGUUCUGGGCAGAUCAUUGCACUAAUUGAAAAUGACACACGUAUUGAUGCAUCGGAAACACCGACUAUUUUCCAAUUAAAAGAAUUUCGUGAUAAUGCUGAAGUGCAUCGAUUGCAAUCGUUGAAGCGACGCUAUGAUUAUCAUACUGCCGUGGAAGAAAGUUGCUUAAACAAAUUUUGGGAACAUUCUAGCAGAGUACUAGAGUCCGUACAAUCAAUAGAAAACACUUCUAAUACAAACACACUCCCAAAACCAAUGCAAGUCAUAUAUUUUGCUCUCCUAGAUGAAUGGGCACUUUGGCUCGAUGAACAAGCGCCACUCAUCCAGCAAUGUGCGAAAAAUUGCAGUGAUGAAGACAAACAUACCAUCAUUGAAUCUGUUCAACAAUUUCUAAUGUCACAUCCAUUGAACAACAUUGAAACUGCAAUGAAAUGGAUCAAGUAUCCACAACCGUUGCUGACUCUUGGUUUAAUUGAGCUCAAUCAAAACAAUACCAAUCAAGCACAGUCUAUAUAUCAUCGAGUAAUUAAAGAUUUUCCAGAAUAUGCUGCCGAAGCUUAUUACUACAUAGGAGUUAUUCAACAACGUAUUACUCGUCAAGUGUAUGGCAAACUUAGUUUUAGUAAAGCUUUCGACCCGGAUACUUGGAAACAAUGGCUCAUUGGAACACAGGAACGUGAGAUUGUUGCAGCGAUCAAUGCAUUUCAUGAAUCUCGACAACGCUUUUCCUUACGCCGACUUCAUCGUGGUGAACUUGCAACUACUGUGGUACGAUUACAACAUGCAAAUGAAAGUAUCAUCAGUACAAAUGGUUUUGCCGAUCAACACCAAGAGUAUGCUGCUGUUCAUGACGCUAUCGUUGGAAACAUCGAUAAAUUCAUUGGCAAACCUAUUGAAGCAGCAGAGUUGCGCCAUAAUGGUAGGGAUGAGCUGAAUGCUAUCGUGUUGCGAAAUAUACUAAAAGAAUUAGGUAUAACAACAAGAACUAUGCUGAGUUCAAAACUACAUAAUGAUCAAAUUGAAUUUAUUUGCUCGCGACAUCCAAUUUCACGAAAAGAACUUGUAACUAAGCUUGAAGCGCUUCGGAAACUGGAUCCACUAGGUUUCGAAAAUGAAGGAAGGCCAGAACUUGAAGCAUUCGAAUUGCGUAGAUUAUUUAAACUUCCGAGUCGACUCGAUUUUUGGAACGAACUCCGUGAAUUGGGUGUGUUUCUUGAAGAAUCAAAAUACUUUACUACACGCUUACCGGAAACUAUUGAAGGCUUGAUUCCUGUAGAUCUGAGCACGUUCAAUAAGAUUCAAGCUUUUCGACUUCAAUUUACAGAUGUUCCAUUGGAUUCUGUGAAAGUCUUUAAAUUGGAUGAUGUUGUCAAGGCCGAAGAAAAAAUCUCUAAUCUGCCUCAAUUAAAAGCCAUGUUAGAAAACGGAGCAAUUGCUACAGAAUUUGUUGCUGUGGUGGAUCCAACGCGUCUAUUUAACUUAAAUGUAUACAUGCGAAAUUUUGAAGGAUUUACAUUGAAAGAGCUGACAGAACAUUUGGGUAUCGAUGAAAUCACUGCCAGAUGGAUUAUUUCGAUCUAUGUUGAAGAUAAAAUAAUCGCUGCAGAUUUUGACGAAGUAUAUCGACUUAUCGGUAAACAGUACAGCAAUGAUUCACUUCCUGAUGCACUGCGUGUUGCUGUUGAAAAAUUUUUUGCUGACCGGUUUUCCUAUACACACGCGCUCGAUUCAUUGCGUAAUUCAUUCGCUAAAGCAUUCGAAAACCCUACUACACCAAAGUUCAUCUAUUUACCAACAAAUCCUUAUGAAGAUUUGCUCGCUGAUAUGCUUGAAUGCGGAAUUCUAAUGCCAUCUCGCAUAUCUUUGGCUAUUCCAAGAAAAAUUGACGAUGGAUACAAUGAUGCAGUGCAAGCCCUUGAGCACAUUCAUGAUUUCAACAAAAUUGAAGACAUCAUUGAAGCAAACAGACCAACUAUUGCCGAUGCAGACUGUACAUUAAUUGAAACUCAAAAAUAUAUCGUUGACAAUGGUACUGAUCCUAAUCAAGAGUUAAAACACUUCAUUGCUAAUGGUCUUAAACAAGUGGCAAUCGUGAAAGAAGACACAGCAUGGCUUUGGUUGAUGGCUAUUGGUGCAAUAUUAUUAAUUGUCAUUGCUGUUGUUGCAGUUGUGGCUUUUGGCUGGACUGGAGUAACUCUCGUGUUGGCCGCUGCUGUUAUUGCCAUCGCUGCUUAUGCUAUCUACAAAAUCGGUUCUUAUGCAUAUUAUCGAGCGACGCGAAUAGCUGCAAAAAGAACCAUAACUAUUGACAAGGCAGCAGACUUCGAAUUUAGUGUUUUGCAAGAAUUCAACUCUGCGGUUUUUGAAGAAGAAAUUGGCAAACGAGAACAAAACACGCUACUAAAAAAAGUUCACAAUGGCAUCAACGAUAUAUCAGAUACACUUAACGAAUGGCUAAUGGCUGAUGUUAAAUCUGCUAUGUGUUUAAAUAAGUAUCUCCCAGAAGAGUCCAACGAAAUUAUCAACUUACCGUUGGGCGCGAUUAAAGAGAAAAAUCCAAGUAUUUACGAGAAUUUUAUGAAAAUUACAGCAAUUGCUGUCGAUCGAUCAAUUAAGAGUCAAUAUAUUAUAGAAGAAAUUCGAUUUAUCAUACAAUCCUACAUGACAAAGUUUGAAUCACAAUUGUAUGCUACUCUUGAGGUAGAACUUAACAAGAAGCCAUUAUAUCGAAGAUACCAAAUAUUAGCUAUAGUACUGAAUGAUCUAGGAAAGGAAAUCGACCAUGUAAAAUUAAAUGUUCUGAGAAAAAUAGUUAACAGAGCAUGCCAUACAUUUGAAGAAAGCUUUACAGACGAAGCAGCAAAACAUGACUGGGAUUCUGAAGAAGUUAAAUUGUUUAAAGAGUCUGAUCUGAGUUCAGAUUCUGAAAACACAGUGCUCCAGUUUUGGUCAAAAUCCCUUCAACAACGCUAUGAACAAUUAAUUUCUCAUGAGAUUUCUCGCACUUUCCGAGAGCCUCUUUUACGACGUUUUGAAACCUAUGUUAAAAAUUCAAUUACAUAUCACAAAGAAUCUGUAAUCAGUCAAAAAGCUCUUGAUCUUGACACAACUGCAAAGA